AUGGCCUACAAGGAGCAUCAAUUAGUCCCAUCGGAUGGCGGCGUUGCUGAACGACCUCGUUUCAUCUGCGCCGUUCAAGACGUCAUCGAGGAAAUACUACCCCGGCUCCCGGUUAAAUCUCUACUGCGAUUCCGGUGUGUAUGCAAGUCAUGGCGCGCUUUAAUCUCUGCUUCUCUUUUCGCUAAGAAGCAUCUCGGCCACGCUACCGUCACUAGUAGAUUACAGAUCCUUGAGUUUGGCAGCGGAGAGUAUGAACCUGGAUCGAAUGUUGCAAAUUUGAAGGUUGCAAGUAGACAGCUUGAUGUACCAAGAUGGUGCUCUGCUGACGUACAUUUUGUUAGCCUUGCUCAGGCGAGUACGCGUACGAUACGUAUUGUGGGUUCUUGCAAUGGGUUGAUUUGUCUACAAGUCUCAAGGGGAUUGUUUCUGUUAUGGAACCCUUGUACUAAGAAACGAAGAUGUUACCCCAACGAGAUACUCCACCGGGGGGUUGGACGUUUUAUGGCUUUGGUUAUGAUUCUGCCGGCGAAGAUUACAAGGUCAUAG